CUGCUGACGUCAAUCCGCCCGCCAUUGACUCAACGUGAGCCCUUUGUUUCGUGCACGUUACUAUAAGUUUUUGUUGAUCCAUUUGUGGUACUGAGUUGGAAGGAUGGCGUACAGAGGACAAGGACAGAAGGUUCAAAAGGUUAUGGUCCAGCCCAUCAACCUUAUUUUCAGGUAUCUGCAGAAUCGCUCACGGAUUCAGGUCUGGCUGUAUGAACAGGUGAACAUGCGGAUAGAAGGCUGCAUCAUUGGUUUUGAUGAAUACAUGAAUCUGGUACUAGAUGAUGCUGAGGAAGUCCACAUGAAGACCAAGAACAGAAAGCCCCUGGGGAGGGUCAUGUUGAAAGGAGACAACAUUACAUUGCUGCAGAGUGUGUCCACCUAGACGACAGUGAUGCUUCCAGCUACGCUUUUCUAUGAAAAUGUUUCCUCAUGUUGUUUCAUGCAGAUGCUGUUAAGUGUGGUUGUUUUGAUAUAACAUGGAUAUUGUAAUAAUCAUUU